AUGAAAAGGUUUUGUUGGUUUGAGUAUAUCCUGUUUUUUGUAACUUGUGUAUACUCUUUAGAGAAUACAUGUGAAUGUGUUCCCAAAAAUACACAAGAACUAUAUGGCUUUGUUUCUUUAUACAAUACAUCUUGUACUCCUUCAGAGAAUGUUUAUUGUUUCAAUAAUUCUUUUACAUUUAACGGAAGUAACAUAUAUAAUACCAUUGCUGUAAAUGGUACGUUAACUUUUUUCAACACAAUAAUGAUAUUUACCAAUACCAUCCAUUUUGCUUUAAACGAAAAUUCAACAGUCAAUUUUAAGUCAUCUUUUCAUGUAAAUAACUUCACGAUUUUAUACAAAAACUCAACUGCAAAAAUCAAUAGACCAUUUUCUAUUGCAGGAAAUAUUUCAAUUGAAUAUCCGAAGAUCGAUUCUCCACCACUUGUUUUAUGGGAUUCAUAUUAUCUCCAUUUAAAUUACAAUUAUCAUGGAAGACCCAAUUUUUCAAUAAUUAAUCCAACAGGCAACUGUGAUUGUUUUGAUGUCAUCUCAAUGUCAACUGCAAGUUCUUUAAAUAUCGAUUCAUUACCAAAUCACAUUAGAUCAAACGAUUUUCCGUUUUCUAUGAACGACGGAAAAGCCCUUUUAAUAUCCAAUAAAAAACUUAUUCGAUUUUGUCCUACAAAUACAUUAUCCAAUAACAGAGUGAAGUGCGUUUUAAAGGAAAAUGUGUAUGUUCAGAAUUAUUUACAAGGAAGUCCUAUGUAUGGAUUUGAAUAUCCACACUGUCCCUGUGACGACUCGUUGACCGAUUGCCAUUUGUAUUUAGCUGAUAAUUUUAUGCAAUUUGAUUUUAACAACACAGAGAUGUAUUACACCAAUUUACAUGUAGAAAAGAAUACAAUAAUUACAAAUGCAAAAAUAAUCAGAACAGUGAUAAUGAGUGAUAAUGUUGUUCUGUAUUUUAAUGGAAAUUAUUCACAAUCAAAACUUUCAUUUACGGUUGGAGACGUCGUUGUUCUUGAUAAUAAUUGCAUGCAAAGCACUUUCCAAUACAAUUCAACAAAUAAUGAAUUACUUUACACAAAUAUCAAUAUAAGUGACAUUGUACUUAUAGAUGAAAUAAGUUAUAUUAAAAUUAAUGGCUCUGGUAUUAUUAAUAAUAUUAUAAUGUCAACUGACAAAGUUAUUUAUAUCACAAAAGAGGUGAAAGAAGUUAAAAAUAUAACUAAUUUUUAUACUUCAAAUAAAUUAACAACUGUUGUUAUGAUAAUUGAAAGUGAAAACACUUUGAUACGAUUUUUAACAAAUUGUGUGUUAAUAAAAACGACUGCAACGACCAUGGAAUGUUUAAAAUGCAAUUCAAAACGUCGUCUCAGAAAUCAAAAAUGUGUUGAAAUUGAUCCAAAUUGUCAGAUAUAUGAUGCAAAUAACGAAUGCUCAUUGUGUAAAACUGGAUAUGUUUUAAGUCAAUAUUUAGCUUGUUUAAUAUCAACAAAUAGUUGUUUGAUAGGAACAAGUGAAAUGUGUUAUAAAUGUGAUUCCAAUACAGUUGCACUGAAUGGAAUAUGUCUUUCUGUUACAGAAUGUGAAUACUCCGAUGGCAAAUCGUGUCUAAAAUGUAAUAAAGGUGAUUAUUCGACAAUGUGCAAAUCUUGUGAAUCAAAUUGUGAAUUGUGUGAGAGUGGAAAGUGUACACUUUGUAUGCAAAAUUAUUUAUUAACUAAAGACAACAAAUGUGAAAUCAACAACAUUUCAUAUUCUCAAGGAAACCACAUUAUAUCGUGUAUAGAUGGGUAUUACAUUGACAAUUCAAUAUGCAAAAAGUGUUCCUUUAAAAAUGAAAAUUCUACAAAAUGCAACAAAAAGUAUGAACUAAAAUGUGAAACUAAUUACCGUCUUUCUGAUGAUGGAAAUUGUGAAACAACAAUUUGUGAUGAAAAUGAAGUAAAAGACGAAAAUGGGAAUUGCAGUUCCAUAGUGGAAAGUUGUUUGAAAAUAAAAAAUGAAAUUUGUGUUGAAUGUGAAGAGUCUUAUUUUCUAAAUAUGGAUGGGGAGUGUGUAUCUACAAAAGACGAAGAAAUUAAAAAUUGUAAAGUGAUGAACAACAGAGGCUGUUUAACAUGUGAUAUUGGAUAUUACACGGAUAGUCAAAUUUGUUUUAAUUGUAAUGAAAAUUGUACCUCGUGUAUUACAACAUCGUCGCAGUGUAUUUCAUGCAAAGACGGAUUUUAUUUAGGAGAGAACAAAAAGUGUAUUUCAAACAAAGAGUUGUUUGUAAAAUGUGAAAAGCUCUCCACAGUCUCGAGUGGGUGUUAUCAAUGCAAAAAUGGGUAUUAUCGAUCCGGUCUUGACUGUAUAGAAUGUCUAUCUAAUUGCUCCACUUGUAACACAAAAUCAAAGUGUUUGACUUGCAAUUCCACUAACUAUAAAACACAAGAUGGAAAUUGUUUACCACAAAGUUCUUUGAUAGGGUGUCAAGUUGAAGUGACCCAAAAUGGAUGUUCAAAGUGUCAAGGUGGAUAUUAUUUAAUCAACACAAAUGAGUGUGCAGAGUGUGAUUUAACAUGUAAGACAUGUAGUGUAUUGAACAAAUGUAUUUCGUGUUCAAAUAAAAAUAUUUUAAAUAAUAAUGGACAAUGUAUUGCAAUGAAUAAAGUCGACAGAUGUGUUGAAGUGGCAAAUUCAAAAUGUUCAAAAUGUUCGUUCUGGUAUGUCCCAAGUGAAAGUGGCACCUUUUGCAAUACAAAAGCAGUGUGGUGGGUGAUUAUUCUAAUAGUUUUGUUUUUAUUAAUUAUUAUAGUUAUGUGUAUAGUAUCCAUCGUCUUUAUUUUUAAUUCUAUACAAAGAACUAUACACAAAAAAGAAAUACAAAAAUCCACCACAGUAUUUACAAUGUCCAAAUCAAAUAUUCAAUUUAUUUCAAUUGGUGAUGGUGUUGUGGUGAAUAAGACGGAAAUUAUUUUUGGUAAUGGAGAAGAGGUGGACGUCAAUGAAAAACAGCGCGAAUUGUUGUGUGUAGGCAACACUACUCAACACAACAUGAAAAUUCAAAUUUCAACAAAAACAAAUCAAAGUGACAAAAUUGAAUUUACUUCAAAUCCACAAAUUGUGUUUUUGAGAAAAGGAGAAGCCUGUGAAUUUGAAAUUGAAGUGACUGUUCUUUGCACUUUGAAAUUUCAAAGUUCUUUUCUUCUUGUUGCAAAUUUGUUUGAAAAAGAAAAAGCGAUUUGCAAGGAAAUUGGGAUUUCUGCUGUUUCAAAAUUGUCGACGCGACUUGACUCAGACGAGUUAAUAGAAGAAAAGAAAAUAGGAGAGGGCUCUUUUGGUGUUGUGUACAAAGGAACUUUCAGAGGGAAUGUUGUUGUUAUUAAAAAGAUGAAAAGUUCUGAAGAAAAUUCACUUGAUGAAUUUAAUAAAGAAGUUUCAAUGUUAGACAAAUUCAGGUGUGAGUAUAUCGUUCACUUUUAUGGUGCCGUGUUUGUACCAAACAAGAUGUGUAUAGUCACCGAAUUUGCACAAUUUGGGUCGUUUUUUGAUGUGAUGAACAACAAAAAUUCAAACGAAGUUGACAUGAAAAUUCGAAUCAAAAUGAUGAUAGACGCAUCAAAAGGUAUUUUGUAUUUACACUCAAACGGGAUAUUACACAGAGACAUUAAACCAGACAACAUUCUUGUGUUUUCAUUUGAUUUGAAUGAAACAGUGAACGCGAAAUUAACGGACUUUGGAUCAUCAAGAAAUAUCAAUAUGAUGCUGACCAACAUGACUUUCACAAAAGGUAUUGGAACACCAACGUACAUGGCACCUGAGAUAUUGAAAAAGGAGAAAUACAAGAAGAGUGCUGAUAUAUUCUCACUUGGCGUGACCAUGUUUGAGUGUUUUAGUUGGAAAGAAGCAUAUCCAAAAGAAGACUUCAAAUACCCAUGGAAAAUAGCCGAGUUUGUGAUGUCUGGAAAACGACUUGUAAACAGUCAUCACAUUCCAAACAACAUUUUUGCAAUAAUCACGUCUUGUUGGUGUCAAAAUUCAAUUGACAGAAUUACAUCUGAAGAAGUUGUAUUGAAAUUAGAGAAGGUUGUAUAA